AUGUCCCCAGGGCUGAUGAUCCGUCCCUGGUCCGAGGGUCUCGAUGUCACCUUCAACGUGAGCCAGAGCCAGACCUGGCACCAGUAUGUGAGAGCCCUGAACCAGUUCCUGGAGCCCUACAACGACAGCGUCCAGGCGGCGCGCAACGCCGCGUGCCCGGCCGGCCGCUACAACGAGCAGCCGGACGACGGCGUCCCCAACUACCCGAAACGCGCGUGCCGCUUCAACCGCUCCCUGCUGGGGCCCUGCGCCGGCCUGGGCCCGCCCGGCGACUACGGCUACGGCAGCGGGCAGCCCUGCGUGCUGGUCAAGGUCAACCGGGUCAUCAACUUCUUCCCGGGGAGGAACAAGAGCAUCAACAUCGUCUGCGCCGCCAAGCGCGAGGAGGACGCGGCUCUGCUGGGACCCCUGCAGCUCUUCCCCCCGAACGGCUCCAUCGACCUCAUGUACUUCCCUUACUACGGAAAGAGAGUGCACGUGAACUACACCCAGCCCGUGGUCGCCGUGCGUUUCUCCAACGCCGCGGCCAACGUGGAGCACCACGUGGAGUGCCGGCUCCGCGCCGACGGCCUCGGCACCGACGACGAACGCGACAAAUUCGCCGGACGCGUCGCGUUCCGCCUGCGCAUCGACCGCGAGUGAUCCCGUCCCGUCCCAUCCCAAACCCAAACCCAAAACCAAAUCCGUGACCCAAAUCCAAACCCAAACCCAAAUCCAAACCCAAACCCAAAC